GUGCUCAGGUUGAUUGCUGUGAUAAAGUGGGGAACACGCCACUCCACAUAGCUGCCAGAUACGGUCACGAAUUACUGAUUAAUACCUUGCUAGAAAACGGGUCUGAUCCAACAAGACGUGGUGUACACGGGAUGAUGGCAAUACAUGUAGCGGCCCUGUACGGUCAUAUGGACUGUGUUAGAAAAUUACUAUCUGUGAUGCCUGAAUUAGAUCUUAACGUCCCUGAUGACUGUGGUAGAACCUGCCUUCAUGCUGCUGCUUGUAGUGGGAAGAUUGACAAUGUUGAGAUGCUGAUAAAAGGGGGAGCCAAUGUUAAUCAAGAGGACACAGCCGGAAGGUUUCCUAUACAUUACGCAGCUGCAAACGUACACCAUGGAUGUGUAUUUUCUCUGCUAAAUGCGGGCAGUGCAGUAGAUGUACAGGAUCACGCGGGUUGCACACCAUUACACUUUGCUGCUGCAGCCGCUGCUGAUGAUGAUGCUAAGGUACUGGAGUUACUGUUGAAGCACGAGGCUCGGCCAGGAAUUUCUGACAAUCAGGGAUACAAUGCUAUACAUUACGCAGCUUUAAAGGGGCACAGAUUAGCCCUUGAAAUGUUACUAGAUGUAUCAGCAAUAAACUUGGUUAAAGGGGAAGCCCCUUAUUCUCCUGCCCAUCUGAGUGCAUCUCGUGGACAUAAUGAAGCACUGCUUGUAUUGUUGUCGUGUGUUAUGAACCUUGAAAUCCGAGAUGUUAAUGGACGAACCAUGCUGGACCUAGCGUGUUUUAAUGGUCAUACAGAAUGUGUAGAGACGUUACUACUUCAAGGUGCCAGUAUAAUCGUACAUGAUAACAUCUCACGUAGGACACCACUUCACGCUGCAGCUAUAAAUGGUCAUACAGAAUGUUUACGGUUACUAAUGGAAACAUCUGAUGAUAAUAAUAUUGUAGAUAUCAACGAUGCCAGAGAUAGAACACCUCUCAUGUUAGCCAUUGAGAAUGGCCAUGUGGACACAGUUCUAUAUCUGAUAGCAAAUGGUGCCAUAGUAAAUGCUCGUGAUAUUCAGGGUCGUACAGUUCUUCAUAGAGGGGCUGCUAAUGGUCAUGAAGAAUGUGUGGAUGCCUUGUUACAUAAUGGUGCUGAUAUAUCGAUACAGGAUCAUAAAGGUCGUACAGCACUACAUUUAUCCUCUCUGUGUGGACAUGUAGGACUUCUAGGAUCAAUGUUAUUGAUGGGACCAUUAGAGAAACUUCAUGAUAGACAAGGCUAUACACCUCUUCAUUUUGCCUGUUAUAAUGGUCAUGAGGCAUGUGUGGACCUGUUAUUGGAGAACGAGGAACAUCGGCAAUUCUCAGGGAACUCUUUCUCACCUUUACAUUGUGCUGUGUCAAAUGGUAAUGACAGCUGUACAGAUUUGUUGCUGGACAUUUUAGGGGAUACCAUAAAUCGGCCUCUGUGGGCUGAGUGGACCCCAGUUCAUGCAGCAGCCUACAGGGACCAAGUUGAAUCUCUACAGUUAUUAUUGAGUCAUAAUGCCUUAGUUAAUACAACAGACAACUUUGGUAGAACACCAGUGAUGUUAGCAGCUUCUCAAGGUCAUUUAGCCUCAGUUGAAUUGUUAGUACAGAACAAGGCAGAUUUGAGUCUUGCUCUGAUGAGUCCCCAAAAUACAGCUUUACACUAUGCAUGUAUGAAUGUAACUUUGCUGAUUUUUCUAUAUAUCUACACUUAUCUGGUCAUGAUUUUAUAUUCUAAACUUUUAUUUAUUUUUUCUAUCUCAGGCUAUUCUCCGGCUCUGUCCUGUGCUCCGAAUGAUCGUGUAGCCGACUGUCUCGCCAUUAUUUUAGCUCAUAUGUCCUUUGCUCCAUCUAUGUCUAGUACAUUCAUUCGAUCAAGAAACGAGAAUACUUCGGGAUUCGGGGGAACAAGAACUCUGGAAACACCAACAGAGAGCAGCUCAAAAGACCAGAGUCUUCAAAGUUCUGACUCGGAGUUUUAUUAGCACAUAAAGUUUUUGUUUAGAGUUUAUUUAUACUAAUAGAAUUAUAUACCGGUACUAGAUAUAUAGCAACAAUUUAUAGGCUUUAUUUGUUUGUCUUGAAAAGAUUACUGGAUCUCUUUUGUUAUGUGAUGUAGCUAACGAAGUUUUACUUUCGAGGCGUGGGUAAUGUUUUGACCUAGAUUUCUCUGUGUAUUUUCUGUUUGUCCCUAUAGUCGCCUAUUAACAAAUUUUUUUUCAGUAUUUUUAUUCUUUUGUAGAAAGAAUUGUUUAUGAUUAAAAACAAAAUUUGUACAUUUUUGAAAAAAUGUGUAAAGUAUAAUAAAUUCACUUCUAUUUUUCAAUUUUAACUUAUUUUUUUGCUAGGAGCAUGAUAUAAUUAUAAUUAUAUUCUAGCUGGAAUUGUUAUUUCUUUAUGUUUACUGGUUUCUGUUUAUAGUAUAUCCUUUAUUAAGGAUAAUUUAGCACAGUGGAACGGUUAAAACUGUGUUAAAGACCACCUAUUAAUAAAGAUGACCCUGAAAAUAAAUAAAAAAUGGGAUUUCUUUUCACCAACAGCUUAAGCUGGGUGUGACUAGUAAUAGUGUUGAUGUUUGUUAACAUCAUAAUUUGUUUAAAUAAGUAGAACCAUGUAAUUGUUUGAAUAAGUAGAACCAUGUAAUAAUAAAAUAAAUAGACAAUAUAUUGUUUGUUUUAGUAAAUUGAAGUUUUGCAUUUUAGAUUAUAUAUAUUAUAGUUAUAAUGUAUUCAACACUGUCCCAAUCAUGUUACAGAAAUUAGUUGACAAGGAAUUUCUUAGAAAUUCCUGUAAAUAUAUCAAGUUAAAGCUGCAUGCCUCCAGAUAAGUCAAAAUAUUUCAAGAAAAUUAAAAUUGAGAAAAAUGUACUCAGAUUUGAAGAGAAGUAAUAAGAUAAAAGAUUCAAUUUAUAAUUAACAUGUUAUAUGUGAGUAAUUACUCAUUUUGCAGUAUUAAUCACCAUAAAUCCUUCAGGCUAAUUUUGCAUAUUUUGAUCUCUCUUUGGUAAUUUAUGAAGAUUGUAAGCGCAAUUUACAAUGUGUAAGUUAACAUCUUUGUUCACUUCACAAUAUUUUACUUUUAAAUACAUUUUUAAAAAUUUGAAGAAAAUUUGCAUGAAUCUGGAGGCAUCCUGCUUAAAC